UCUAAUUGCCGUUGAGAUCUGGACGACUUGUCUUCGUCCGUCUCCAAACACCCUCCUAACCCAAAUCAAUUCUCAUCUCCAUCCACCGAUUCCUUCGACGGGGCGGAGCAGAAGCUCCAAGGAAGGAUUUCGUCGCUCCGCUCGGGGAAUUUCGACCCUGCCUGUAGGUCUCCCCCCAGUUCUGCUCCAUUUGGCGCACCUCCGAGCUGCCCGAUCCAUGGACGUGCCAAGCUCAUGGGACGCCCUCCGCAAACAGGAUCUGAUAGAGUCCUUGUUAGUCUACUGGGUGGAUCCAUUUGAUAUGGUUGAAUAGUCGGUUUAGCUUGGAACUUUCUUCUGUUAAUAGGAUCCCAGGCGAGGAAACUCGAAGCUCAGUUGGAUGAGAAGAUGAAUUCAUUCAGAAAGCUGGUUUCUGCAAAGGCUUCUUCUAAAUCCGAUGCUUCAGAAAAUGAUCUAGAAUCUGGGAUAGAUCGACUACUAAAACAACUCGAACAAGUUAAUCUUCAGAUGCAAGCGUGGGUGUCAUCAGGAGGGACGGAGAUGGUUUCUCAUACCUUGACAAGGCAUCAGGAAAUCCUACAGGAUCUUACACAGGAGUUUUAUCGUCUUUGUUCCAGCCUUAGAGCUAAGCGAGAACAUGCUUCUCUCCUCGAGGACUUUCGAGAGUAUGACCGGACUAGAUUAGAUCUGGAAGAAGGUGGUUCUCCAGAACAAGCUCUUCUCCGUGAGCAUGCUUCCAUUAGUAGAAGUACAGGACAGACGGAUUCUGUGAUUUCUCAAGCGCAAGCAACCCUUGGUGCACUUGUAUUGCAACGGUCAACAUUUGGGGGCAUUGAUUUGAAGAUCAGCAAUGUUAGCAGCCGCCUACCAACAGUAAAUAAUAUUCUCUCUGCCAUAAAGAGGAGGAAGUCAAUGGAUACGAUCAUACUUUCCCUCGUUGCCUCCAUGUGCACGUUCCUCAUUUUCAUAUACUGGUUGACCAAGAGCUGAUAGACGACCCCCCGGAUUAGACUUUUCAAACACGAGAGAGUAUCAAUACCUUUCAGGAAAGUAAAGAUCGAUUACCGAAUGAGCAGAGAGAGGCCAGGAGAUGGGAUGCGGCGGGGAGAGGGACAGGGUCCUUUUAUUAUUAUUAUUUAUUUUAUUUUUUUUUAAGGAUAGAAGAUGUGUCUAUUAAAUGAGGGCAAAUGUUGUCCAUGCAACUUUUAGAAUAAUGUAGAGGGGGGGAGGGCGCUUUCAACUUUGAAAAUGAUUUUCAUGCAACUUGGUAGCUAUUAGGGACAUUCGGUUCCCACUAACUUCCUCGCUUUCCUUUUGUCUUUUGUCUUUGAUUUAACUUAUCUAAUAAAGCGAUCUCUUUAUUACA